AUGCUGCGGCCUGCAGGCCUCCAGCUUCAUUUCUCCGCCAAUAUUGGGACCCUGUACUGUGAUUUUGGCUUUUGCCUCAGACUCAACAGACAUCAGGCUGCUACCAUGAGUUUCGGCUUCAGCGUGGGAGACUUCCUGGCUGUUAUCAAUCUUGCAACACAAAUCCGAAAACAGUUCUCAGAUGCGCCAAAACAUUUCAGAGACCUCUCAGAUGAUGUCAGGAGUCUUUCGGUGACAUUGUUCGAUCUUGCGGGAGAGGACGAUGGUGUUCUCCGGUCAUUGGGCUCGAAUCAGGCCGACUACUUAAUGACCAUAUUGGAAGCCUCCCAUCACGUACUCAAGGACUUGGAGAGUCUUCUAGCCAAGUACAGUGCCUUAGAGCCUGGGCCACGACCUCAAGGAAAGCAACGUGCAAGAAGAAUAUGGGACCGCCUUACCUUUGAUUCUGAGGAGAUUCGGGACAUUCGUUCGAGGCUUACCUCCAAUACUUCGACAUUGGGACUGUUCCUGAGAAACUGCUCCGAAAGGAAACUGGAAAAAAGUCUAAACAAACUUGAGAAUCGUGUCGACGAAGACGAGCGACAGCGCGUCCUCGAUUGGAUUGAUGAGGGAUCUGGAAAACACGUGCGACAUUUCCAAUAUCUUGUACGACAUAGGGAAUUGAACACCAGAAGAUGGCUCUUUGAGUCCCCUGAGUGGCACGCGUGGAGUUGCGCAGCUGGCAAAGGUGGGACCCUAUACUGCCCGGGUAUACCUGGUGCAGGAAAGACUUACACAUCGGCCAUGGUUAUUGAGCAUCUUCAUUCACUUCUUCGGUCAGAUUCUGAAGAUGUGGGGGUUGCUUACUUCUUCUGCAACUACAAGGAGUACGAUCACGACGAAGUGAGUGUGGCCAAAAGCUUGCUGAGUAUGCUUCUGGGGCAGCUGCGUCAUCCUCCCAAUGCGGUCAUCAAAUCCCAUCAAAUUCAUCGACAAUUCGGAACCAACCUCAGUGAUCCUGACGAGGUGUUCGAUGCUCUCAAGGUGUCCAUGAGGUCGAAGGCAAGGAAUUUCGUCGUCAUUGAUGCCCUGGAUGAACUCCAAGCCCCGGCAAGAAGGCCAUUGAUAUCGAGAUUAGUGAAUUUACAACAAGACACAGCCGUCAACUUGUUUGUGACGUCUCGUGAUAUCGGAAACUUUGAGGACCUCUUCCCAGGGGCCACGAGAAUUACUAUUCAAGCAACCGACCACGACAUUCAACAGUAUUUGUCAACACACAUGAGAGGCUUGCCGCUGUGUGUGCGCAAGAACCCUGCGCUGCAGAACGACAUCAAGAUUGCCAUCGUCCAAGCUGCUGGUGAAAUGUGA